AUGUCCAGUUUGCAAGCAAUUCGCUACUCGGGCGGAGCAACCCCGAAGCUUGAGGUCCUUGACCAGCUUCGGCUCCCCCACGAAAACCACUAUGACGAGAUUUCGACUUGCGAGGAGGCGUUUGACUGUAUAAAGUCGAUGAGAGUGCGAGGAGCCCCAGCCAUAGCCAUCGUAGCCGCCUUGGCUCUUGCUGUUGAGCUGCAGCUUGCGAAUUCUUCAACCAACCAAACCCCUAAUGAGUUCAUCGCUUUCAUCGACUCAAGACUUGACUAUCUCAAAGAUAGCCGUCCUACAGCUGUGGACUUGAGCAACGCAAUUACGCUGCUCAAAAACUCAAUCCGCCAAGUAGACUUGGCUGCCACCAAGGCGAAUGAGAACAUCGUUGCCGCGUAUGUUCAGGCCGCUGAGAACAUCCUGGCAAAAGAUCUUCAGACCAACAUAUCCAUCGGAUCAUUUGGUGCCGCAUGGCUGGAGGCUCAGUUGGAAGUAACCUCCGACCGCAAGGUCUCUGUGUUGACACACUGCAACACCGGCUCCUUGGCGACAUCUGGUCAUGGCACCGCCCUGGGUAUCAUUCGCUCCCUUCAGGAGAGGAAGACGCUUCACCAUGCGUUUUGCACUGAGACUCGGCCUUACAACCAGGGCAGCAGGUUGACUGCGUUUGAGCUCGUCUACGAGGGCAUCCCAAGCACACUGAUCACCGACUCCAUGGCCGCUGCCCUUUUCGCGCUGAAGAAAGAAGAGUUCAACAUCGGGGCUGUCAUCGUCGGUGCAGACCGUGUAGUGCGCAACGGCGACACGGCCAACAAAGUUGGCACUUACGGGCUUGCCGUCCUGGCUCGUCACCAUGGCAUUAAGUUUAUUGUGGCAGCUCCCACAACGAGCAUAGACCUCGAAACCACCACUGGCGCGGGUAUCAAGAUUGAGGAAAGGAAGAAGGAGGAGUUGACCCAGAUUUCCGGUGCUCUUGUCGACCAAAACGGGAAGGUUAAUCCCUCCAACACGGCCAGGGUUGCGACGGCAGACCAACGGAUAGAUGUCUGGAAUCCUGCGUUCGAUGUCACUCCCCAUGACUUGAUCGAUGCGAUCGUGACAGAGAAAGGAGUUGUAGUGAAACAGGAUGGCAAGUUUGAUUUUAGGCAGGUUAUGCCAGAAACUUGGGCAAAGGUGAUUGGAAAAUGA